CACCUUCACACCUUCACACCCUCACACCUUCACACCCUCACACCUUCACACCUUCACACCUUAUCCUAGAGCAACACUCUCACACCCAACCGUCAGGACAGGAUCUUGACUCCCCCUUUCUCCUUCCCUGCAGCGAUUGUUUACAACACACACACACAUACACACACACACAUACACACAUACUCACAACAUGGUUCUACCUAUACGUACCACCAGCCAUCAUGCCUCGCGACUAACUCAAACUUCCCUCUUCCGUCGCACCUAUGCCACUGAACCCGAUCUCAAAUCCGCCCUCAAGGCCGUCAUCCCCGCCAAGCGCGAUCUCGUCAAACAAGUGAAAGCGCGCAGCGACCAGGUCAUCGGCGAGGUGACCGUGGGCAACGUCAUCGGCGGGCAGCGGGGUCUGAAGGCGCUCCUGUGGGAGGGGUCGGUGCUGGACCCGAACGAGGGGAUCCGGUUCCACGGCAAGACGAUCAAGGACUGCCAACGGGAGCUACCCAAGGGGCCGGUGGGCACGGAGAUGCUCCCGGAGGCGAUGUUCUGGCUGCUGCUGACGGGCCAGGUGCCGUCGACCGCCCAAGUGCGGGCCUUCUCGCGCCAGCUCGCCGAGCAGUCCCACCUGCCGCCGCACCUGCUCAACCUCAUCAAGUCCUUCCCGCGGGAGAUGCACCCGAUGACCCAGCUGUCCAUCGCCGUGGCCGCCCUCAACACCGAAUCCCGCUUCGCCCGGGAGUACGCCCGCGGCCUGCCCAAGACCGAGUACUGGGAGCCGACCUUCGACGACGCGAUCAGCCUGCUGGCCAAGAUCCCCCGCGUCGCCGCGCUGGUCUUCCGCCCGGACGCCGUGGACCAGGUCGGCACGCAGCCGCUGGACGGCGCGCUCGACUGGUCGGCCAACUUCGCCGCCCUGUUGGGCAAAGGGGACCCGACCACGCACGGCGACUUCCACGAUCUGCUGCGCCUGUACCUGGCGCUGCACGGCGACCACGAGGGCGGCAACGUGUCGGCGCACACGACGCACCUGGUCGGCAGUGCCCUCAGCGAUCCGUUCCUCAGCUACAGCGCGGGGUUGUUGGGGCUGGCGGGCCCGCUGCACGGGCUGGCCGCCCAGGAGGUGCUGCGGUGGAUCCUGGCGAUGGAGACGGAGAUCGGGUCGGGGGCGACGGAUGAGGCGGUGCGGGAGUAUCUGUGGACCACGCUGCGAUCGGGCCGCGUGGUGCCUGGGUACGGACAUGGGGUGCUGCGGCAGCCGGACCCGCGGUUCCAGGCGCUGAUGGACUUCGCGGCGGCGCGGCCGGACGUGCAGUCCAACCCGGUGUUCAAGCUGGUGCAGCAGACGUCCGAGAUUGCGCCGGGCGUGUUGACGGAACAUGGCAAGACCAAGAACCCUCAUCCGAACGUCGAUGCCGCGUCCGGUGUGCUCUUCUAUCACUACGGCUUCACGCAACCGCUGUACUACACCGUGACCUUCGGCGUGAGUCGGGCUCUGGGCCCGUUAGUGCAGCUGAUCUGGGAUCGUGCAUUGGGCUUGCCCAUCGAGCGACCGAAGAGUAUCAACCUGAAGGGAUUGAGUGCAUGAGCGAGCACGCACAUCACCGGGAUACCAUUUUCACUUCAUGAGUUACAUAGAGACCAAUGCAGCCAUC